AUGUUGGUCAGUCCACUGAUGAAUCCAAUCAUGGGCAUCGUGUUUGGUUUGUCAGUACGUGAACAUUCGUUGUGGCAACGUGGCAUUCGAAACGAAUUGAUUGGUCUCGCUCUCUGUAUUUUGUGGGGUUUUAUCAUCGGUCUGUGCACCACGCAUGCUGAAACCAGAUGGGGAAGUUCAAUGAGUUUUCCCACUUCGGAAAUGAAAGCCCGUGGCGAUCUCAAACGUCUAUGGGUAGGUGUUCUGAUUGCCUUGCCCAGUGGUGCUGGUGUUGCAUUAUCAGUUCUUGGUGGAAACACAGGGUCAUUGGUUGGUGUGGCUAUAUCUGCUUCUCUUCUUCCUCCAGCGGUGAACUGUGGCCUUCUUCUUGCAUAUGCCAUACUUGCUCGUGCAUUAUCGACUGUAGCUCGUACUAGCAUAAAUCGUCUUUCAACACUCAUACGUCUGAUUAAUGAAGCACCUGUUGUACUUAUUCUUGCUCGUGAUGUUCGAUAUUCAUUGUUUGUUCAUAAAAUGAUUUUCAACCAAAUACAUCCAAUAAUUAUAAAUGAAUGA